AAAACGCCGGCCCAGCCGGCCUCUCGACCGUGGGGAGGGAGUCUCGCUAACUGGGUAGAAGGAAUCGGCGUGAAAAGCAAAAUGAGAAAAGAUUUAUACGAAGAAGGAUGGUAGCCCGCAACCCUUCAUCCUCGAGAUUGUUCGCCGAGGCGAGAAAGCAUCACGAAUCUCCGAGAUGUUAAUGUCGAAGAAUGCUAAUGUUUUCUCCGUAGCGGCAGCGAUCCUGGCUUUGUCCACGGCGUCGAUUUUAGCCGAAGCCGGGGACAAGAAUAAUGUGUUUCAGCCAUGCGAAGAUGCGAAAAUCCAGCGAUGGGACGGGUUCACCUUCGGCAUCGCGUUCUCAGAUCGCGAUUCUUUCUUCUUCAAUGGUACUCAGCUCUCCCCAUGCGACAGUCGCCUCUCUCUCGCCAACAAGGGUGCGCAAUUGGCCGCGUUUCGUCCCAAGGUCGACGAGAUCUCCCUUAUUACCAUCAAUACCACCACCUCCUUCGCUCCGUUUACUAGUGGUGGGUUCAUGGUAGCAUUCGCUGGUAGGAAAUACGCAGCAAGGUCCAUUCCCAUUUUUAUUGGUAACAGUUCAUAUGUGGUGACAAGCUUUACUCUGAUCCUGGAAUUUCAAAAGGGCACUCUUCAAAACUUAUUUUGGAAACGCGAUGGUUGUUCUUCGUGCUCUGGGAAGUCGAAUUUUGUAUGUCUCAACAAUCAGAACUGUGCGAUCAAAGCAUCUAACUGCAAAGGUGAGGGACAAGGUGGCUCUGUCGAUUGUAGCAUUGGAAUACAGCUUGCCUUCUCAGGCACCGACAAGCACUAUGCGGUUCUUAAUUCUUGGUACGAGGUUUCGAAACUUCAGCAGUAUUCUCUUUAUGGACUCUACUCAAAUCUGAAGGAUUCUCUCACAAGUCAGUAUAACAAAAUCUUUUAGAUUUAUGAAUGUUUUGAUGUUGUAAUAUGGUACCUUAUUUUGACUUCUCUUUGUACAGUUUGAGGUAUUUGGUCAGAAGUUACCUUUAGAUGGUGCGAUUUUUGUAAUUUAGAAUAUGUUCUGGUUUGCUU